AUGUCCGCCGAUAAGUUUUUGUUUUCAUGCCUUCAGGUUUUUGUCUUGUUUUUCGAAUGGGCACGCAGUUUUCUGCUGUCAACUCAGAGCCGGCUCUCUGCAGCAGCCCCUCAGAAUGCAAGAUUGGAACCAUCUAAACCGACCUCGGAAGAAGACGAGCGUAUUGUUGAAAGUCCAGCAUCUUCAAUAAUCUGCCGUUACUCUAACCUGGUAGACCCGUCCACUUAUAAUGAUCUGGGCCUCUGCAGCUCGCUCCCUCUGCGUGUACACAAAUUUGCCCAUUUGGCAGAUAAAGGUGCUCUGCGAGCUCAAGAAGACUGGAAAAGACUAGUUGGCCCAAUCAGGAAUUUCACUGGGUGCCUCAGUCCAAGGUUCAAUGGUAUUGCUGUUGCUGUGCCAGAGUGUAUCCCAGAGAGGUUGGAGAUUGUUACCUAUGCAAAUGAAUUUGCGUUCUUGCAUGAUGAUAUUCUCGAUAACGUCGGCAAGGAAGAAGGAGAUCACGAAAACAAUGAAAUGGCCGCUGGCUUCGGAAGCGUCCUAAAUCCAGCAGACAAUGUCAAAAUGUCGGCCUCCGGGAAAUCGCAGAUGCAAGCCAAACUAAUCUUGGAGCUUCUCGCUAUCAAUGAGCCUCAGGCUAUGGUUCUGCUGAAAUGCUGGGAGGGCUUGGUGAAGGGUGAAAGUGGAAGCCAGCAUUUCAACUUCCAAAGGCUAGACGAGUAUCUUCCUCAUCGUGUUAUCAAUCUGGGUCAAACAUUCUGGUUUGGUAUUAUCACGUUCGCCAUGGGUCUCACAAUCAGCCCAGACGAAGCCGAAAGAGCGAACAACAUCACCGAUCCUGCCUACGCCACUUUAGCCCUAGCAAAUGACUACUUCUCUUGGGAAAAAGAGUACGUCGAAUUCAAGCAAAACCCGACAUCAGAAGACAUGGCCAACGCCAUCUGGAUCAUCAUGAAAGAGCAUUCCGUGGAUCUGGAAGAAGCCAAGAAGAUCUGCCAGGACAAGAUCCGCGAAUCUUGCGAGGAGUACGUGCGACGCCAUCGAGAGUUUGAACGUCAGGCUACAGGCCAGGUCUCGAAGGACUUGCUUCGGUAUCUUGCUGCGCUGGAAUUCAGUAUCAGUGGCAAUGUCGUCUGGAGUCAAUAUACGCACCGCUACAACUUUCACAAGCCUGCUGCCAAAGAGAAUGAGGAUACUGAUGAUGAGGGCGCUAAAUCGGAUGAUUCCAAGACAACUUUGAAUGAUAGCACUGACUCGACUGUCGUCGAUGUCAAGACACCGGCUACUUCGGGCUUGUUGAGUUCUGCGAAUGAUGUUCUGAUGACCAGGACCGCAAAGUCACUUGUUGGCCCGGUUCUAGACGUUCAAUUGCCAGAACUUCCGGACAAGGUUGUCCUAUCACCAUCUCAAUACGUCAAGUCACUACCCUCGAAAAAGGUCCGACAUCAUGCCAUAGACGCCCUGAAUAUCUGGUUCAAUGUCCCAGAGGCUGAGCUGGAAGUGAUCAAAGAAGCCAUCGAUCUCUUGCACAACUCAUCUUUAAUGCUCGAUGAUAUUGAAGAUGACUCGCCCCUCCGUCGAGGAUUCCCAAGCACCCACGUCGUGUACGGCAUUUCGCAGACAAUCAACUCGGCCAACUAUCUGUAUGUCAUGGCAUUAGAAAUGACUCAGMGACUCAACAGCCCGGCAUGUCUAAAUGUGUUCAUUGAUGAAUUGAAACGCCUGCACAUCGGCCAGAGUCUAGACCUCUACUGGACCGCUAACGUGCAAUGCCCAAGUCUUGAGGAGUAUCUCAAAAUGGUAGACUAUAAAACCGGAGGUCUGUUCCAAAUGGUGGCAAAGUUGAUGGCAUUGAAAUCCCCUAUGGCAGGGAGGGUUCCCGACUUAUCGAGUAUGACUACAUUGUUUGGACGAUAUUUCCAGGUCCGUGAUGAUUAUCAGAAUCUGAUGUCGGAAGAGUACACCAACCAAAAAGGCUGGUGUGAGGACCUCGACGAAGGCAAAUUCUCACUCCCACUCAUCCAUUCCUUAACCACAAAACCCAACAUCAGACUCCAAUCCAUGCUCCAUCAACGUCUAAUCAACGGCAAAAUGACCUUUGAGAUGAAGAAGCUGGCCCUCGAUCAUCUGGCAGAGACGAAGAGUCUGGAGUACACCAAAGAGAUGCUGGGUUAUAUGUAUACUCAGAUUCAGAAGGAGGUUGACUUUUUGGAACGGCAGACUGGGUCUGAGAAUUUCCUUUUGCGGUUGUUGUUGAAGCGUUUACAGGUUUAG